CCUAUCUAUCAAACUGUUACUCUCCUCUGUCAGGAGCUUAUGCUGAAACUCGUUACAUUUCAUGUACAGUACCGAAUUCAAAUGUUGACUUUCAUAAAAUGAGUUCUUGUAUCGUUAAUAGUCAGGCAAAUAACUGUAUUGAACUGUCUCCACCAUGUUAUAACAAAAAUUAUCUCUCGUCAAAUGAUCAACAUAUGACAAAAUUUCGUGAUUCCACAUGUAUGGUGAAUGGAGUGCAUAGUCUUAGUCCUUUGAAUAGUGCUUAUCCAAAUACUUCAGUAAUUAUUAAUCCUGGACAAUUGGAUUCACGUGUACGCAGUAAACAUUUUGAAUCAUUUACUGAUAAUAGUGGAAAUGGUGAAAGUGGUAGUGGUUUAUCUGCUACAAGUGGAUUAGGAAGUACUGCUAUAGGAAGUGGAAGUGCUAAAUAUCCUGGUUAUCGACAUCCUGAUGAUGUACAUGCUGUUAAUGGACCAACACAUGGCAGUGACUCAUCUAAUUGUUCCAAUGUACACAUGAAUAUUUUGAUGCAUCGAAAUAAUCAUACCUCAUCACCAUACUUUACUACUUCAACAGAACACCAACUACAACAGCAGCAACAACAACAACAACAGUCUAUUUCAAAAUCUGUUUUAAUGCCAUGCAAUACAUCUUGUUCUCCUACGUCAUCGUCUUCUUCAUCCUCAAAUUCUAAGCAUGGAAUAAUUACAAAAGAAUUAAAUUGUAAUUCUGGUUAUUCAAAUAAUUUUAUUACAAACAAUAUUAAUAAUAAUAAUGAGAAUUUGUCAAAAUCUUUUCAGUAUGUUAUACCUGAGAAUAUUUUAUCGAAUAAUAAUAAUUCAAUGCAGUUAUCAUCGUUAUAUGGUAGAUAUGGUGAACUUCCACAACAACAACAACAACAACACCCACACCACCACCACCAACAACAACAACAGCGAUCAACCAAUUCAAUUGUUGUAUGUAAUCCAAUUACAUCGAAUAAUGCAAAUUUUCAAGAAUUCUCCAUGUUAUCAACACCAACUUAUGAUCAUUGUUUCAGUGAAUCGAAUUUUACAUAGAAUUGAUAUUUACAAGUCUCCGGCCUUGAAAAUUGCGCUAACAAUGAUACUGGUGUUCAAUUGUGAUUGAAAUAAACCAAAUAGUUGUAGUACUUCUAUCACUGGUACUAUAAUUAUAGUCAUGAAUCAUAAUGGCAUCGGUGUACACUAUAUAUAGAUCUAUUCGAGUAUGAUCAUUGAUGAGAGUUGAAUUUAUUUUAAAGUGAUAUCAUCCUAUUCAUUACACUGCAGUUGUUCAUUUUUGUAUUCAUACCACUCCAGAAUUUUUGUAUUUUUUUUUCUUC